GCUGUCAUCAUGAACUGAACUAAGGAAUGAAAGACAGCCGCGGCUCAGGCUGACACUCAACAUAUCCUCCAGCCCCAACUCCGGCUGGUAUAAAGAGCGUCGCGAUUCGUCCUGCCUGGGUCAUCACCGCUCAUAUUCCUUCCCUCACCCGCUGGUCAUUAGCUCUCGACUUCCGCCUCACCAUGAUCACCUCUGUGCGCUACUUGUCUCUGCUCACCUCGCUCACCGCUAUUGCAGCGUCGGUCCCGGCUGCUAGAGCGGAUGGCCCGGCAGGUUCUGGUGCAGGAUACAACACGUCUCGUGUCGGGCCGGACAACGCCAACUGCACUCGCCAGAUUUACCAGCUGGACCUCACGAGCAGCAACGUUGUCUUCCAGAACGUCGACCACAAUGCAAACCAGACGUACAUCACGUCGCUCUUCCAGACAUUCCUGCCGUCGAUGAGCAACUUCACUGGGAUGUACGAAAGCUCUCAGCAGCAGAACGUCGUCAACAACUACUCCCUCUCAGGCACGCUGUGCACCCCGAAGAACGGCACGAAGAACCCUUCCCACGUCCAGUACCUCAUUCACGGUGUCGGAUUUGACUCGAGCUACUGGGACUUCGCUGCAAGCGAAGAGUACAGCUACGUUCGCGCUGCGGCUGACGCCGGCUACACGACCUUCCGUUAUGACCGCCUCGGGACGGGUCUAUCUGAGAAGCCAUCCGAUGCAUACAAUGUGGUGCAAUCCCCGACGGACCUCGCUAUCGCCAUCAGAUUCGCACAGAUGCUCCGGAGCGGCGACAUCGGAGGCCAGAAGUUCGACAAGAUCGUUGGCGUCGGACACAGCUACGGAUCGGUGCAGGUGCAGGCGAUAACCGCGCACGUCCCUACUGCCUUGGACGCUGCGCUCCUGCAGGGCUUCUCUAACAACGGCACCGGCCAAGGUCCCUUCCUCGCAGGCGGCUCGUACUCGAUUGCCACUGAGGUCUUUCCCGACCGAUUCUCUGCGGACGAACUGACCAAUGCCUACCUCGUCACGGCUGUCCCGCAAGCCAACCAGUUCGACUUCUUCUACUUCCCUUACUUCUCGGCCGCCGCGUUCAACCUCACCCGUGCGACCGAACAGCCCGCGACGCAAGGCGUGCUCUUCACGCAGACCGCCAUCAUGGGCACCGCACACGAGUUCACCGGGCCCGUCCACGUUGUCACGGGCGCACAGGACCUCCCCUUCUGCUACCGCGACUGCUACGCCGUCCCGCCGGACGCGAAGUACCCGAACAUCCCGGCGUACGCGCAGGAGCUCUACCCGAAGACGAGCAACUUCUCGGUGUAUAUCCCCGCAAACACGGGCCAUGCGGUUAACCAGCACUACUCUGCGCCGGAUGUGUACCAGGAGAUGCUGGCAUUCGUCGACAGUGCGCUGAUGUGAUUUUGUAGAACGUGACUGUAUGGAAGUACUAUUUCUCAUU